AUGUCUUCCGCUCCCAAAAUCUGGUUCAUCACCGGUGCCUCUACAGGUUUUGGCCGCUCCAUGACAGAACACCUUCUCAACAAGGGUGAUAUUGUUAUCGCUACCCUUCGUAAACCUUCCGCCCUAUCAGACCUCUCCUCAAAGUACCCCGCAACGAGACUCCUUGUACUGAAGUUGGACGUCACAGACCAAAACGAUAUCACCGCUGCUUUUGAAAAAGCCCGCACCGUCUAUGGCCGAAUUGACGUCGUCUUCAAUAACGCUGGAGUUGUGCUUGUUUCAGAAAUAGAAGGCACUUCCGAUGAAGCUGCUCGCUCGAAUUUCGAGGUUAACUUCUGGGGGGCGGCGAAUGUAAGUAAAAAGGCUGUGGAAUUUUUUAGAGAGGUCAAUAAGCCGAAGGGUGGGAGGUUGCUACAAGUCACAUCGGGCUGUGGCAUCAAGGGUCACCCAGGAGUAGCGUUUUACAGUGCAAGCAAAUUUGCCCUGGAAGGUUUCAGUGAGUCUCUUUCCAAGGAACUCGAUCCAAGGUGGGACAUCAAGGUCACAAUCAUCGAGCCCGGAGCCUUCCGCACAAACGUAAACAUAAGCAGCAAUACUACUGAACCCGUCCACCCAGCGUAUACAGAUCCGUCCCUUGAAUCCGCCAAAAUGCGUACAUUCCUUGCCGCGGGGCACGCUCUGAUCGACGGUGACCCAGAUAAAGCUGUCGCCGUCAUCGAGAAAGUUGUUCAUCUGGAUGACCCACCAAUGAGGCUGCCGGUGCACAAGGGAGCCUUGGCUAUGCUUAGGGAGAAAGUGAGGAGCAUGAUUGCAGAUGCAAAUAAAUAUGAAUCAUGGUCAGACGACGUGUGUGUUACUGGUGCCAACGCAUAG